GCUGCUUUUCCUCGCCGCAUCUCCCAUCCCCUCCAGCUCCAUCCCGCCAUUGCCUUCCUCCGUCUCGCAUCCCAUCCGCCAGGCCUCCGCGUGCUCCCUCUUCCCUUCAGCUCCCUCGCUGCGCAAGGGUUCGAUCCGGUACGACGAUUAGGAGGACAUACAUGGCCGAGGCGCUGUGCAACGGCGUCGUCGCGUCGCCGUGCGCCGGGGACGUGGGCGUGGGCGUGGCCGCCCGGGUCAGGGGCGCCGUGGCGGCGCUCGCGGAGUCCGUGCUGAUUGGUGGCUACAGCACCAAGAGCUCCUUCUCCGCCGGCAGGAUGGCCAUGACGGACAGGAAGGCCAGGCCCCUGCCUCGGACCCUCGAAGCGGCGCCGGGACAGAUGAACCUGUCGUUUCCCAAGGCCAUGCGGUGGUGGCACAAGGGUCUGCAGCCCAACAUGAGGGAGAUCGAGUCCGCGCAGGACCUCGCCGACUCCCUGCUCAACGCCGGCGACAAGCUCGUCGUCGUCGACUUCUUCUCCCCUGGUUGCGGCGGCUGCCGCGCCCUCCAUCCCAAGAUUGCCCAGUUUGCCGAGAGGAACCCAGAUGUCAUGUUCCUGCAGGUGAACUACGAGACGCACAAGUCCAUGUGCUACAGCCUCCAUGUCCAUGUCCUCCCCUUCUUCAGGUUCUACAGGGGAGCUGAGGGACGGGUCAGCAGCUUCAGCUGCACGAACGCAACUAUCAAGAAGUUCAAGGACGCCCUCGCGAAGCACGGGCCUGAAAGGUGCAGCCUCGGCCCUGCACGGGGGCUGGAGGAGUCGGAGCUCAUGGCCUUGGCUGCAAACAAGGACCUGCAAUUCACCUACGAGAAGCCGGUCCUUGUCCCACUUGCAGAAGCCAUUGCCAAGGAGGCUGCGGCGCCAGGAGGUCCCUGGUUCCCAUUGCCUGUGUCCGCGACGCAGUUGCUGCUCACUCAGGGACCAGAGAAUAAUUCUUUGCUGUCAUCCGGAAGAUAGAGCAUCAAGACGGCUCCUUUGUGUACAGAUUUAUUCCUUCUUCUUAAUUAGUCUGUUGAUGUUUGAGACGCGGGUGCGGCAGGCUUAGGCUUUUAGUUUAUAAGCCUGCUGACUAUUGUGUCUGUGUUGUAACAUCUAGCCAUUGCUCAAGCAGGAAAUCCUUUGCUUGACGAACCUGUCUGAAUCAUCAUGUCUUUGCACCGAGAGUUGGUUCCAGUAUGAUUGAUAAAUUCAUGCGUUCUAGGGUCU